UGAUGUAACCAAAUAUAGCUACCAUUCCAAUAUUACAGCUCGUAGCUAAUAUUAUGGCAAAAAACAUAUUAAUUUUGGUGUAUUUGGAAUUCUUCAAAUACACGGAUAUGUGGCAUGUAACGUGUAUGAUAAAAACAAAUCCCUGGAUAUUAGGCACUAGUCAUGCGUUUAAUAUGGAAAGGUGAAAUUAAAUAUUUUACAAUCUCUUCCAGCAAAUUAGAAUCCCAUUAAUCACACGUUUCUCCUUCUCUCUCUCCUUAUUCUUCUUAGUAACGUAAAAUCAAUCUUCAAAAAAAUUCAAAACACAGGGAACUCAAAAAACAGAGGUUUUGAUGACACAAAAGCAAAUUUGGAGAAAAUAUUUUACAAAUCAAACUCACUGUACAAACUGUUGAAGUACCGCUUUUGGAAUUUACCAAGCAUAUUGAAUUCGGUUGCAGGAAAAAUGUCGUAUAUCUCUUCGUUAAUUAGACACUGUGGUACUUGGAAUAAUGAGAACUGUUAUGUGAAUUUUAAAAUCGAUGCUGUUGUUUUCAAGGAGUAUUCAACAUAUAUGGAUUUGUUACAGACAAUUGCAACACAGUUGAAGUUAGACACGUCCAGAACAGAAAUAUACAUCAAAUACAUGGUGGAGGGUAGUAAUAUGCCGAUGGAAAUACACAAUGAUAUGGGUGUCAGAGUUUACGUGGAUUUGAAGAAAGAGAAUAAACAGUUAGCAAUGUAUCCUUUGUGCAUAACUUGUAAUGAUAAACGCCUUGACAACUGUGUAUCUGAUGAAAGUUGUAUUCAAGGGGAGAUUUUGCAACUUGGAUACACAAGUCAGUUCGAUUAUAUGAAAACAGUCGGGUGUGUAGACUUUGCGUCUUCAAGUUAUAUCAAGGAUGUUGCUAUAUUUGAAAAAGACACCAAUCUAAUUAUCGAAGACAAAAACCAAAAAGAGGUUGUUGUUGAUCAAGUCUACAAGGACAAAAAUACAUUAAAGGCUGUGAUGGCAAAUUAUGCAAUUUCACAUAGGUUUAAUUUUCGUACGGAGAGGUCUAAUGCAAUAAGGUACGGUAAAAGGUCUUAUAGUGUGUAUAAUGUUAUGUAUUUAUAUUGUAUAAGUUGAUUUAUUCAAAUAUUUUGUUUUAUCCGAAAUUGUGCUAUGUAUUUAACUGUUCUAUCAUAUUAUAUGCCUUUUAUUGA